AAUAUGUGAUUAUGUGUCAAUAUUGUUGGUUAAAAAUCUCAGAUAAAUAAUAAUAAUCUCGAUAAUAAUAAUUUAUAAUAAAUUGGCAUAGAAAAUGGGAGACAUGGAAGAAGAUAUUCAAUAUCCUUCACAUUUUUCCAGUACCAUAGCCUCAGUUGUUGGCAUAUUUGAGGACUAUGGCUGGUACAUUCUCAUAUCAGGUGUAAUAAUGGCUUAUCUCUAUCAAAGAUAUCUCAGGACCAUAGUGGAUCAUUAUAGAAUAAAAAGAGAUGAAGCAGAAUAUGCUGCUAAGUAUCACAAAAAUCCUGAUUUAGUAACUGCCAGGCUGACAGCUCAGGAACAGCGUACCUUGCAGUUGCAGGAGAAAUAUAGAAGGGAUGCUGAGGAACAUAAGAGGAAAAUUGAAGAGAAAGAAGCCAAGAAAAGAGAAGCUCUUCUGAAUAAAUACAGUGAGGAAGGAGGUCACAAAUUAGGAGCAUCAAAUAAUGAUGAGAACAAAUCAUUCAAACCAGGUGAGAAAUUAUAA